AUGUCUGUCUCACCACCAACAAGCCGUAGCCAGGCUUCACUCUCCCAAUCAAAUAUUCAGUCCUCUCCUAUGACGCAUCACGAAGUCUCUCUCGAUGCUCUUGUGACGUAUCUGCUUGCAUCCAAGCGGUCUUUGGCUUCUAUUAGUACAGUAUGGCGCGCUAAUGAGAUUAUGACUUCUGCUCGUUCAGCUUUAGAGGAGAGUGCAGUGUUGAGUGCUCGUACGGGGUUCUUGAGGAGUGGUAUAUCGGAACAAGUGAAAGUACUAAGAAGGGUUAGGGGAGGUAUAGAGAAUGUGUAUAAAGAGGGACAACGGGAUUUCAAGAACACCAUUCGAACUCUGGAUUUGGCAAAUACGAGGCUGGAAUCGACGAUGGAUAUUCUGCGAACUACAAUAGUAGAAGCUGCGUUUAGGCCCGAGAAGGAAGAGCCUCGAAGUCUGCUGGAUUUCGUAGACGAGCAAGGUGUAGAAACCAUGCGAGAUACUCUGAAGGAAUCUAUACGGGAAGCAAAGGAAGCACAAACCGAAUUCGACUCUUCUUUGCUCUCCUUCGACGAUGAUCUGCGAACCCUCAAAGUUGCAAUGAAAGCCUCUCCCCAAUCAAGUAUCUCUCAGUCCAACGACGAUCUCUCCUCCCUAAUUCCAAGCCAUCUACACACUCUCGAAACAAAUGCCCAAGAAAUGGCAGCUCUUCUCGACUCUCUAGUUUCCCACUUCGACCUCUGCGUCAAUGCUAUCCGCCACACAGAAGGAGGCUACGCAGCCGUCCGCAAAGCAGCAUCCUCUCAACCCCCAGAAGCAGAACCCGUCUCCGUCUCAGGCGUGAUGAACACCGAGAACGACCCCACAGCCGACAACCCCAUCUCCGCCAAAGAACGACAAGAGAUGCUUGAGGUCCUCGAGAAGGACGCCGGGCAAGUCGAGGACGUAGUCAUGGAACUCCGCGACUACCUCAACGACAUGGAAGCCAAGCACGACGAGAUCAUCGAGCAUAUCUCUGUGCUAACACGCACUCUCAACGAGACCACGGCCACGUACUCCAUCCUCGAAGCUGCUGGCGCCAGACUCCCAGGCUAUAUAAUCGCUAGCCAGAACUUCCGCCUGCAUUGGGAAGAGACAAAACUCAACAUCCAAGAACAACUGUCCGAACUAGAAUCCAUGCGUGUCUUCUACGAGAACUACUUCUCCUCCUACGACAGCCUUAUCCUAGAAGUCUUCCGCCGGAAGCAGACCGAUGAGAAGGUCCAGAGUAUUAUGCGGAAGGCGGCGGAGCAGAUCGAGAAGGUGUAUGAUGCGGAUAUGAAGGAGAGAGAGGGGUUCAGGUUCGAUGUUGGGGAUUAUCUCCCUGUGGAUCUUUGGCCAGGGGUUAAUGCGCCGGCGAGAAGGUGGGAUUUCGUUCCUAUAGAGGAGAAGGAGUGGGCAGUAGGAAGUAUGCCUGUUCUAGACAGGAUAGUUGUUGAAGCAGCAGGGAGGAGGGAUAGGGAGAGGCAGAGGAGGGGGGAUGUGUAG